AUGGCUCCAAGUGUCAAGAGUAGAGAAUUAGUUAUCCCAUAUAUCCAUGUUGCACCUGCCCCUGAAGCUGAUUCAGGUGCUGUUAUUGGUCAAAGUAUGCCAAUGGCUGCUAUGUUUAUGAAGAAUAAAUUAUUAUCAUGGGUUACUUUAAUAACUGCUAUCUUAGCUUUAUUAAACAGUGGUGGUAAUUCUGCUGCUGCUUCUGAAACUGCUCAAUCUCCAUUUGUUAGAAUAUUAAUGGCUGUUGUUUCUUUAGGUGUUUGUUAUAUGGAUUUAGUUGUUCCAGGUUCAAGUGGUAUUAAAAAAAAAUCAACUGAAUCUGUUGUUGAAAAAAUUAGUGAAACUAUUGCAACUGCUGUUUCCUCUGCUACAAAAUGA